GAUCCACUAUGGCUUUAAACCUGCACAUUAGGAACAAGGUGAUACGUUGUUAAGUCAUCGUCGGUCCUCGUGCUUGAAAUGUGCUAGUGCUGCGAGUGCGCGUUGACGUUAAUAACAUCGAUACUGCAACUGAAAACCGCGUUUCCGUGCAAACACUAUCAGAAGAAACCAGUAUUCAAAAUGAUGUUUAAAUACAUGUGUUUGGUUUUGUUCAUAACGUGGUAUCAGUUAGCUGAUUGCCAUCCUGCGAGCUCCAGUAUUAAGUCGAUAGAUUCCAUGAUUGAAAAGGAAUCAGAAGCUUUUUUAUCUGUUGAAGCAGAAGACUCUAGUCAUAAGAAUGUCAGAGACAAAAGGACAAUCGGCUUCUUAAGGCAGCUGUUUCCAAAUCUAUCUCAGAUAGUCGACCGAAAGAUCCAACAAAUCACGCGAUUCGUAUUCCGCGUGAUCGGCCGACUGGUGCUCCGGGGCGGCGGCGCUGGAGCCGGAGCGGGCGCGGGCGGCACAGCAUCCGCCGCCACAGGCGGUGAUUCCGGUGGCAAUGGCGGCAGGCGGAUAUCGAUCACGUUGCCCACGUUCCCGCCGUCCGCGGACGACGAAGACGAAGAAUCGCAAACGAACCUGCCGGCGGCCGACACGUCGUCCACGCCGGCAUCGGACGCCGACGCACUGGCCUCGAGAAUAGCAGAACCGGCGUCGUCCGAGGCGGCCGCCACAGACUCCGCGCCGGCCGCGUCCGCCGACUCGGCCGCCGAAGUAGCGGUGACCACCGUGGCCCCGGCCACCACCUCUGCCUCGGAAACCACUUCCGCGGCGGCCGCAGUCGCCCCGGUCACCAAUGCCGCACCGGCCGCAGGAUCAGUGACUACCACCGUAGCCGCCGCUGUUGCCGCAGCUGCGACCACCACCGCCAACGCAAUCACGACCAGCUCGCCAACCACUCAAAUGCCAUCGGACUCGGACAACACUGUCGGCACCGGUAUCGUGAAGAGGACUGCGAGAGAAGUGUCGACGGAUAAUCCGAGCUCGACGAAAAAACGGUCACCGCUCACAGACACUGAUAACGAUGUGUCGUCCGACAACGCUUUGUCGUCGAACACUGAGGACGACGCCCAAGCCGAGACCGUCACUGACGAAGACCCAAGAAACAAACGGUUCUUGUUCAAUCUGCGGGGAGGAGCCGGCGGUGGAUCUGGCAACUUUUUAUUCGACCUGAUCCGAAGGGGAGCGGACAGAGCAGCUAGGGCUGCCGGUGGUUUCUACAGAGUGGUUGCAGGCACCGACCCAAACGCAUUAACACUCGCACAGCCUCUUCAAUAUCCAUCGUUAGUAGCGGGUAGCGGUGCCAAUCAAGAAAAAGACGAGUCGGCUGAUUCGGUGCCGGCUGAAGGCGAAACCCAGGAAGUACACGCUGAUGUAAAUGCCAAGGAAGACGGUUACAGCGUCGGCGUACCUGGACCACUGACGAGAAUAUUCGUGAUCGCCAAUAGAGGAGUUGCCAAUUUGGUUCAAGACUUGAUACUGAGAUUGGCUCAGACUACCGAACGAAUAGUGAACUUCAAAGCCAGAUUAAUUACAUCCCUCAUCUAAGCAAAUAUUCAAGUUUGUGUAGUAAAAUGUAAUUUAUUACUUGCGUGCGGCGUAUUUUAGUCAUGACUUAUAAGAUUAAAUCUUUACUUAACGUUUGUUUGCACAACCACAAAUCCACGUCGAGUUUUUUUUAUAAUUGACACGAUUUUUUGAACUAUGUGUGUAAUUAUUUCCAAUUUGUAUUUUGCGCAUCAAUCACGUCGUGACACGCACACACACAUUCAAAUAUUUUACAACUAAAUCAAAACUUAUUCAAAUAGCUGACAUAUAUAUUAUAUUCAAUUUUUUUUUCAAAAACGUUGUUCCGUCAACACGAGUUAAACAUUAAACGUCGAUAACAAUGCCCAUACUUUACAAAGCCCACAACUGAUUUUAAUAGUUAAUUUUUUACAAAUCAAGUGUCAAAGUACAAAAUAUAAUUUUAAAACCAUCAGAUGAUAUAUGUCAUCUGCCACGCGAUUAUCAAUUUUUAAUUAAAUAUACCUACGUUGAGUACUAAUAUUAGUAUUCAUGUUGAAUAUACAUCUCAACGAUUUUACCGACACAUCAUAUUAUUAGGUACAGCUGUUAUCGACAUUAAUACACUGAUUCAAACUAUACUGUAGUAAUUUAAUUAAUCAAUUGAAAAAUCAAAAUCAAAAUUAUAUAGGAACUCGUAUAUUAUAUUUAGUGAUAGGUAUAUACAACUGUAAAAACAUUAUCAUAUAAAUAUGUAUUUUCUAUGUAGUAUAUAUUACUUUUAUUUAUUAGACCCAUGAAAUAUGUGAAAAAUUGUCCACUGUAUAAUAUAUUAUUGGUAUCAUUUUUUUUUACAUAUGUAGGGUUUAGGUAGUUUUUCUUUAUAUUUUUAAGUUACAAACAAAAUAAAUAAUUGCUCAACAAUUUUGUUUAUGUAAUAUAUAUAUUAUAUAUAAUGCAUAAUAUUUUAUAAUAACGUAAGGGUAUCAUAUUAUAAUAAUAGACACAUUUCAUCCUUGUUAAUAUAAUCUACCCAUACGUCAUACACCUAAUCAUUAUACUCAUAUUAUAAUAUUGUAUACUAAAUAUUAUAUUUUGUCUUUCGAUUAUCUUCGUAAAAAUGUCUUCGCGAGAUGUUCUCCUGUAUAAGUAAUAUCGUAUAAUAAAGUCUACUGCGCCAUAUUGUAGACUAUAAUUAAUACACCUAUAAUAACACAUAUUAUAAUAAUAUAAUAAAUUAAAUACUGUAUACAUAAGUAUAACACAAUAGAAAUAAAAUUAAAUUCUGUUCACUUUGUAAGUAGGUACCACAAUAAUAAAUGCAACGCACUCGUGUGGUAUUUAUAAACGGAAAACUCAAAGCUCUACAAACGUACAUAAAUCUUCUUUCAUUUGUUCAUCGUAUGUUUUUAAUAUCAUCUUCUUUUUUAAUAAUAAUUAUUGUAAUCAUAUAUUUUAUGACAUGUGAUCGUAUUUAGUCGUGGUUAUGCGGCGCUAGUGUAAUACCAAUAUAUCUAUAUAUAUAACAUAUAUUUGAAAUUCGACUCAUUUCGUUGAGCCAUUAUUACAGUAUAAUAAUUAUCAAUAAUACUACUAAUAAUUAUAAUAUAAUAUCAUCAUCAUCUAUCGGUAAUUAUGUAUGUAUGAUACGAGCAUGGCACGUUUCAGCCAAAAACGAAAAAACAAUAUUAUGUUAAAUUCCCGUUUCUAAUAAAUUGUAUUCUUUUAUAUAUGUAUAUUUAUAAAUACGUUUCCGCGAAAUAUUGUUAUAUAGUAAAAAAUUUAAGAAUAACAUUUAUUGCAUAUCUUAAUAAACAGAAAUUUAUUUUUAAUGGUAAUUAAUAAUAAUUUUGGUUUAUUCAAAAAAAUAAAAAUAAAUAAUAUUACAGUAUAGUAGGUGUUAGCUUAAAGUCAAAUAUUAAUGAUAAAUAAUUAUUAUAGUAGAUAUAUUUUAGUCGCAGUUUAGACAAAUAUAUGUUAAACAAGUAAUGAAGUAAAUUAUUGAAGUUCAUAAAAAAAUCACUUAUUGAUUAUAUUUUAAUAUCUUAAAAUAUACUCACUAAAAUUAUGCAUACCGAAUUAUUCAAUCAGAUAGGCAUUUAAAGUGUCUUGAAUACACAUGUAAUAUUGUGGCGUUUAAAAUAGGUUUUAUAUGAAGUAAUCACCACCUAUCAUACCCAUUUCCUGCGCAUUAUAAUACGAGUAUGUUAUGUUUUGAUUUUUAAAUAUUGAUAUUAAUAUGUUACAGUAGGUAAUACAUGUUAAUUUCCGUCGAUUUAACUCCAUGCCAUAAAAUUUUACUUAACAUAAUCGUCUUUUAUUUGCAUUAGAUCAUCGGAUGUUAUAUUAUAAUACUGAGACAUAUUUAUAUCAUACCUGCUUAGACACUAUAAUAAUACAUAUUGUGCGGGUAUGUAUUAGAUACAUAAUAUUAUAAUACUGCUGUACAGUCGUAUUUAUAUCUCCGGAUAUUAUAAUAUUAUGUUAGUACAUUGUUGUAUUUCACUUAAUUAAGCUAUUAAUCUGUAAUUAAUCCAUGAUCAUUAUGUAAUAAUAAUUAUUGUUGUUAUUAUUAUUAUUAUUAUUAUUAUUAUAUGUGUGUAUUAAUUGUGUAAAGUCGUUAGUUGUUAAUUUAAUAAUAAUUAUGAUAUAAUAUGAAUUUAUUUUGUAUAGUGUUAAUGAUAAUGUAGACAAGAUUGAAAUAUAUAGUGAUUUUAAAUUAAA